AUGAUAAUACCCACAGCCACUACAUCAGGGACGAACUCGAGGCGAGGCGAGGGAAUUGAAACCCUCAUCUACCUCGCCUCAAGCCCAAACUCAAGGCGAUCAAUAAAUUAUGGAUCCAAUCCGACCGGUCUCUCGAGGGAGGUGGCAGCAGCUGUGGUGUUGGUGAUAUUUUUCCAGGUAGUGGGUGGUUUACGGAGUGGUGUAGUUUUGAAAAUGAGCUUAGACAACCGGAGCAGGAGCAGAAGCAGAAGUCGGAGCAGAAGCAGGAGCCGGAGCCCAAUGGAUCGUAAGAUGCGUACUGAACGGUAUUCUUACCGUGAUGCACCAUAUAGACGGGACUCACGUCGGGGUUUCAGUCAGAGUACUCUGUGCAAUAACUGCAAAAGGCCUGGUCAUUUUGCCAGAGAAUGCCCUAAUGUGGCCAUCUGUCACAAUUGUGGUCUUCCUGGGCAUAUUGCAUCGGAAUGCACGACGAAAUCUCUUUGCUGGAACUGUCGAGAACCUGGCCAUAUGGCUGGCAAUUGUCCUAAUGAGGGAAUCUGCCAUACUUGUGGUAAGGCAGGACACCGUGCAAGGGACUGCACUGCUCCACCAAUGCCACCUGGUGAUCUGAGGCUUUGCAAUAACUGCUUUAAGCAAGGCCAUAUGGCGGCUGAUUGUACAAAUGACAAGGCCUGCAAGAAUUGUAGGAAACCAGGUCAUCUCGCCCGUGAUUGUCAGAAUGAUCCUGUCUGCAAUUUGUGCAAUAUAUCUGGCCACGUGGCUAGAGAGUGCUCAAAGGGCAAUAUCCUUGAAGAGAGGGGUGGAUUUCGUGGAGGUGGAUACCGAGACAUUGUGUGUCGGAACUGCAACCAAGUAGGGCAUAUGGUUCGCGAUUGUAUUGCAAUGGCUAUAUGUCACAACUGUGGGGGAAGAGGACACAUGGCGUUUGAGUGUCCAUCUGGGAGGUUCAUGGACCGCUUUCCCAGAAGGGAUCUAAUUUUAGACCGUAACUGCUUGGAGAGACCAGAAGAUAUGGACACUGCUAGAAUAGUUUACACAGGUGAUGCCACAAAUACGGCUUCUGAUGCCACAGGGGAGACUGCAGCAGCUCUGGUUGUCGCGUCCAUUGCAUUCCCAUCAUUUGACCCUACAUACGCUGAGAUACUUUCGCAAACUUAUACUCGGGUUUUUCAUUUUACAAAUAGUUAUCGCGGGGCUUAUGGCAUAACUUGA